ACCUUAGCAUAACUCAACAUGGCGGGUUCGAAAGUUGAUGCCACGUCCUCUGAUAUUUUAGAGGCGGCUGACAAAUUAACAGAUAUAGACAAGAUGAAAGAAGCUUUGGAUAGACUUUGUCAUGAAGAGGAAAUUGUCAAUGAAGAAUUGAACAACCUGUUAGAGCAUCAGUCUUUAUUGGAGAAUAAAAUGUUUGCUCUUCAUAAAAUGCUUCCUAACUUACAUGUUCUCGACUCAGAUGCCAAGCAACUUUCUACUAUGAUAUCAUUCACAUCAACUUUAGCUGAAAAUGUAAGCAGCAAAGUAAGACAGCUGGAUGUAGCCAAGAGUCAUGUAAGUGAUUCGAUCCAACGUGUUGAAGAUGUGCUGGACCUUAAAUUUUGCACUGAUGGUGUGCAGUCAGCACUGCAGAAUGAAGAUUAUGAAAAGGCUGCUGGUCAUGUCCACCGGUUCCUAAGUCUGGAUGAAAAUGUUCUCAGAAUGGCUGGUGAUGCCAGUGAAGGUAGUCCAUUGGAUACGUCAUUUAAAAUGUUACACGAGGCUGAAGAAAAAUUGAAGACCAUUGUGCGCAAUAAAUUUGAUGCUUCUGUUCAUUCAGGUGAUGUUGCAUCUGUUGAACGAUUCUUCAAAAUUUUCCCUCUUCUACGUUUACAUGAAGAAGGUUUAACCAAAUUUGGAAAAUACUUAGCUGCCCAGUUUUCAGAACCAGUUGGUAAAACUUUGUCUGAAAAUCUAAAAAUUACUGAUGAUGAUAAGAGAUCAAAUAUCCUGUUUGCUGAUGUUAUAACUACCAUGUUUGAAAGAAUUGCUCGUAUUGUUGAAACACACCAGCCUCUAGUUGAAACUUUCUAUGGACCCGGGAAACUUGAUAUCAUACUGAUGCUGUUACAAAAAGAAUGUGAUCGACAAGCAAGAACGACCAUCAAAGAAUUCAAAAAGCGGCGGGAUUUUGACUAUAAGGUCCAACAAGUUCAACAAAGCAUGUUGUUCUCUAAAAGUUCCAAUGAGAAGCUGGAUUUCAAACAGUUAGAUGUGUUAUUAUCAGAACUGGUCUUACUGAACACCCGUGCUGAACUUUAUAUUCGCUUUAUGAAGAAGAGAUCAUUGAAUGACAUUGAUGUUGGCAUCCAGGAUGCAGAGCUAAAAAAAGAAAAACAUGCCAUUGUUGAAAGGAACUUUAAUAACUGUGAUCUUAGUCGCCUAAUGCAAGACUUAAUUGGUAAUUAUAUACUAAUGGAAGAAUAUUUCAUGCGAGAAAUGGUCUUGAAGGCUGUCAGUAUGGAUUUGGCUGAAGAGAAUUCCCUUUAUUCAAGUAUGGUUGAUGAUUCCUUUUUCAUUGUAAAAAAGUCUGUGAGACGAGCUAUUUCUAGUUCUAGUGUUGAUGGUGUUUGUGCCAUGUUGAAUCAUGCCUGCACUAUAUUGGAGCAAGACUUCCGAGAAACUCUUUAUUCAAAAUUACGACCUGGAUUUCCUUCAGGUUUUGAUUUUAGCCAAGCUUACAAUUUAAUGCAGUCAAGUUUUCAACAAGGCAAGUUGAGUUCAGACACUGAAAAGGCUAAAACAGUUUUCUUGAUAACUCUGAACAAUGCAGAAGCCAGUUGUGAUUACAUAAAAUCUCUUCACAACAGUUUAGAGGCUGAGGUUUCACAACUUUUCAGACAGUGUAGUGAACAGAACAAAGCUAAGUUGGAGACUUGUCUCAAUGAUCUUGGAUCAGUGUCAGCUAGAUUUAAAGAUGUUAUUGAAUUUGGAUUUUCACAACUAAGUGCUAGUGCUAUUAAACCUCGCAUUAAACCACUAGUAGAGGCACUUCUUUCCAGCAAUCACAAUAUAACUGAAGAUGAAUUUUCAAAUUAUGAAGCAAAUGAUCCAUGGAUCCAAAAUUUUAUUCUGAACUUAGAUGGAAUGUUAGUCAGCUUUAAGGCUAGCUUCACAGUGAACAACUAUGACAGGUUUGUAGGUGCUGUCACAAAUGAGAUCACUGCACAGCUGGAGAAAACUGUUUUGAAAACCACUUUCAAUAGAUUGGGUGGUUUGCAGUUUGAUAAAGAAUUGAGAGCAUUAGCGAGUUAUUUGACUUCUGUAACAACAUGGACUAUUCGUGAUAAAUUUGCUCGUCUCACACAGAUGGCCACCAUACUGAAUUUGGAACGGGUAACAGAAAUCCUUGAUUACUGGGGUCCAAACUCUGGCCCCUUAACAUGGCGUCUAACACCAACUGAAGUGCGACAAGCAUUAGCAUUAAGGGUUGACUUUCGGAGUGAAGAUAUCCGGCGGCUAAAGUUAUAAUUAAUUUCAUUUUCACAAGAUAUGUGUGAACAAGUCAUGUAGAUGUGUAUGGGUUUGCAUGUGUGUGUGUGUGUGUGUGUGUGUGUGUGUGUGUGUGUGUGUGUGUGUGUGUGUAUACACAUACAUGCACACACACAUAUGUUAAUAUGGCCCUAAAGUAAGGGGUAACAGUUAGUUGGUGGCCAUCCCUCUAUAUUUGCCUGUUUACAUGUUGUCAGUCAUUUACAGCAACACCUGCUACUACUAUCUCCAGAAUUAUUAUUUCAUAUAUAUAUAUGAUAUAUAUAUAUAUAUAUAUAUAUAUUUAAAAGAAAAGAAAGAACACUGUUGUGUCUUAGCCAGAUCCUUACAGAAAUUUGAUGCAGAUUCCUCAUGAGUAGAAAUUAGGUCAUAGUUGUGCUGUUAUUGUUUCAGCUUGUUCUAUUAUUAUUUCAUGACCUACAAGUGGCAAGCUGGUAGAAUUAUUAGUGAGUCAGAUAAAAUGUUUAAUGGUAUUUCUUCUGGCUCUUUACAGUCUGGGUUCAAAUUCCUUCGCAGUUGACUUUGCCUUUCAUCCUUUCGGGGGUUAAUAAAUAAAAUAAGUAACAGUGGGGUUGGUGUAAUCAAUUUAGCCGCUCUUUUCAAAAUUGCUAGCUUUGUGCCAAAAUUUGAAACCAGUAUUUCAUGACCUUGUGAGCAAAUAUAGGAUAUAGGACAGCAGGCCGUUUAGCUUUUCAGAUUACUCUGUCAAAUGUAAUGCUUAUUUAUUCAUAUCAAUUUGAAUUAAUUAUGCAUUAUCUCAUAGCUUCAAGAUUUCAAUGAUGUGAUUGUUUAUGUUUAGAAUAACACUAUUAGAUAGGUAUGGGAUGCCAGAUCUGGCCAUUUUGAACAUAAAACAGCUACAAAUUUAGGACCUGAUACAGCUGGUUUAAAUUGCUAAAGGGUUAAUGCUGACAACUGUUUUUGGCGUUAGGAACAGCAUCCAGCUGUAGAGACCAUGCCAAAUCAGACUGGAACCUGAUGCAGUCCUCUGGCUUACCAGUUCCAGUCAAACUGUCUAACCCAUGUCAGCAUGGAAAGCAGACAUUAAAUGAUGAUGAUGAUAAUGAGGACAGCACAUGUGACAUUGUGAGAUUUUUGCUGAGAUUCUGAGUGUGGUAAAUGUGUGAGUGAAUGGGUGGGCAGUAAUCAUGAAUCCUGGUUUAUUGCAGUAGGAAGUGUGCAAAUGCUUGGAACAAGUUCCACCCUGAAAUAUACAACUAAGGUUUAUGUACUUAGUCCUUUUUAUUUGAAAAUCAGAUGUAUCCACUCAAAUUUUCAUUACCUUUAGCUGUAGAAAGCACCUUUCUAAACCAAUCUAUCUUUUGUUGAGGAAUGUCAUAUUUGAAACUACUUUUUGUGAAGAUAUGUCAGGUUUGUUGAGGCAAUGUGAGACUUAUAGAAAAUACCAUUUCUAUUUUUUGGUAGAUAUUUAACUUCAUUACUGGAACUAUCAUGAAAUUUAAUUUCGCAGUUAAAGGGUUAAAAGAAUUGAAAUAUUUGUCUUAUAAAAUAUGACAGAUAUAUAUAAUAAAAAAUUUAGGAAAAUAAGAAAAUAAUGUGCAGAACAUGAUAAAGAAAAAGCUAGAAGUAAUACCUAAUAAUGAGGACUUAAUAAAAUUAUUAACUUCAUCUGGGGAUUUUAUAAUAUUGUCAUUAACAUAGAUACCCUCAACUGAUUGUCAUGAGGUUGUUCUCCAACCUCUGAUUCAUAGACAUAACUGGCUUCUUUCUGGUACAUCUACUGCUACUUCAGUGACUUUAGCUCCUUGGAACUGGCUGUGGUCUCAUGUCACAUUCACUCAAGCACUCCUAACUCACACAUCUUUCUUCUCAUUAGCUCUUUUGUAUCUGCUCCCCAGGUUUUAUUGCUAAAUGGCCUAUGUCCAGUUUUUUUUCCCCCCUAGAAUGUUGUCCCUCUGGAAUUUCCAGCCUGUAGCUAUCAACUUGCAACUGUCGAUGUGAAACAUUACCCCCUCCCCCCCAUUUUUUCAUCAGUUUUACUUCUCUUGGAAGGGUGUGUGAAAAGGUCACAACACUUUCCUCCUAACCAAAUCAAUUAAAAAUCUAUAUAAAAAUGGGUAAGUGUUCAAACUGUAGGCUCCUUGAUUGUGUUCAGAUGUGUUAUUAGUUAUAUGUUAUUGGAGAAAUUGAGAACAAGAAAGAGAAAAGGAUGAAAGAAAGAAUGAGUGAGGAUUAAGAAGGAGAGAGAGGUCGGGGAGUACAUGUUCUCAUGAAACAAUCAGAGUAUUUGCCUAUUGAAACACUGUAAUUUAAACACAAUUUCAGCAAAUUACAUAAUGAAGAUGAAUGAGGUUGAAGGUUGAUACAAAAGUCAACCAGUUACUUUAGGUAUAAUUCGUUAUCUCUAAAGUAUUGAAGUGUAAUAUCUUAAUGCAGAAAUGAGUCCUGAAACACAUUCAGUUGUUAGAACACCACUUGAAGAUUUUGUAUUUGUGCAGUAUAUUGGUGAAGGUGGGAAGGUGUAUCAGCCAAGUAGAGCAGAUCUCUAAUCACAUGUCACACUUUGAGGACUUAGAACUAAGCACUGCACAAAAGCUUAACAACUGUCAAUUAUAUAUUGCUUCCACUGCUUAUUUGUAUGAGACACCCCACCCCAUAAUAUAAAUUGCUUGUUAAAUGAUUUGUUGUUAUGUAACUCAGGCCAGCUCUGGUCAAACAGACCUAAGAUUAAAGGUAUUCUAACCAUGACCAUCCUGUCUUUUCUGACAAUUUAUAUCAAAACUACAUUAUAAAAUGAACCCUUUUCUUCUGUUAAAGACAUUUUUGGGGUUGAUAUAAUAAGUAGCAGUUGAACACUGGAGUUGAUGUAAUCAACUUACUCCCACCCGCUGAAACUGCUGGCUUUGUGCCAAAAUUUGAAACUAAUAUUAUAACAUUGGCUUAUAAUAACUAUGAUAUGUGUUGCAGAAGCUGAGAAAUAUAGAAACUGUUGCAUAUGCUGUGGAAAUUGUGACAUGUUUCUCAGUAAGUGAUGUUUGUGCUGAAAUGACUGUGGUAUGUAUUGUGAGAACAGUUCUGUAGUAGCAGUAAGUCCCCAUAGAAGUGAGUUGCAAUCUACAUUUAAUCCCAUUUAGGAAUUAUUUCACUUUAACAUUGGGAAAGGCAUAAACAAUAUAAACCCACAGGCUUCAUUUUAAUAAUCUGGUCAUUUUAAGUUUCCUAAUUUUUUUCUAAUUGGUUUGAUUAGGAGGAAAGGGUUGUGAUCUUUUCAUAGACAAUUUCCAAGACCAGUGAAAUUGAUGGGGUGGGGUUAAUAUUUCUCUUGCAUACAAUUACAAGUCCUUUCACAGUAAGGUUAUUUAAAAGGAAAAACAACAAAUCAUUUCUCUUAAUGUGUUGAUUAUUUUACCUUUUUUGUGUGUAUGCAAAUUUAGAAAUUUGAUUAACUUUAUUUUUUUUUUUCAUAAAAUUCUUAAAUAUUCCCUUAAACUGAUUUGGGGAAUGAAGAGUUUCUUCAGCAUCUUAGUAUUUUCUUUGUCCUUUUCUUUUUUUUAUACUGAGAGGAAAUUACAUCUGGUCAGAGAAGUUCAAGAUGUUGGACCCUAUGACUGCAACCUCAGUAGUUCAAAACUUUCAAAAAGCUAUUCUGUUACAAAAUCCAUUUUAUGUAAAGAAAAAUAUAUGGCUUUUAAAAAUAGCCAAAGGUCCAUGGAGAACUGCAUUUGGCUGUUUUUUAAAAGUCCAUCUGAAGCACAGGAAUUGGGUUGAGCUAAUUUGAAUGAGAUGUGAUUUGUAUGGUUACGUCUCAGCACAAGGUCCCUAAAACUGACUUGGAGAUUAACCCUUUUGCUAUCAACCUGCCUGAAACUGCUCUUGGUUCUGUGAUAUAAAUUUCAUAUUUUGAAGUGAUCUAACUUAAAACCUUCCAUCAAAAUUCCACUAAAUUCAUGUUCCAAACACAUAAAUUUAUGUUCCAAACACCAACUUAAUACUAAGUUAGUUUACCAAAUUCUAAUUAUUUUCAAACUUCAUUUUAAAAAAAGCAGUAUAUUUCAACAGAAAUAUGGUAACAAAAGGGUUAAGGGGUUCUUGGGUGCUAUAGUGUUUUCCCUAUUCAUUUAUUUUUACUGAAAGGAAGUUUGGCUGGUGCUUCCCUAGCAUUUAUUUGGCAGGAAAUACUAGAGUGGAAGAAUAUGCUUGGAGAAUUCUUUUAUUCUUGUAUUAGUUUCAGUCAUUUGAUUGUGGCCAUGCUGGAGCACCGUCUUAAAGGGUUUUAUUCGAACAAAUCAGCCCCUGGACUUGCUCUUUGUAAGCCUAGUACUUAUUCUAUUGGUCUAUUUUGCUGAACCACUAAGUUGUGGGGAUGUAAACACACCAACAUCGGUUGUCAAGAGAUGAUGUGGGGACAGAUACAGACACAAAGACAUAUACAUAAAUAUUUCCACAUAUAUACAAAACAGGCUUCUUUCAGUUUCCCUCUAUUAAAUCCAUUUGGACCAAGGCUAUAGUAGAAGACACUUGCCCAAGGUACCAUGCAGUGGGACUGAACUGAAAACCAUGUGGUUGGGAAGCAAGUUUCUUACCACACAGCCAUGCCUGUGCCUGUUGAUAUAUUUUGGGAUCUAGUUUGGUGCAUUGGAUUUUUCAAUUCAGAUACCAUCAGCCAUUUCUUUGGAGCUAGAAAAAUAAUUUACUUAUAUGUUUAAGUUAAUCAUUUCAUGAAUGAAGUUGCUGUUGUUGUUUAAUGUCAGUUAAGCCCUGACCAAGCAAGUCUAUAGUUAAAAGAUGUACCAACUGUGACAGUCUCAUCUUUUUGAUUAAUUUUUGGGGUCAUGAAUUUAAAUACCUUACAAGUGUUUAGGGGACAGGAUACUUAUUUCUGUAUAUCCCUGUUUAGCUAGCCAUGGAAAAUGGGUACUGUUUUUUCUUUCUUUGUAAAGCAGGGGCACACCUGCCAUAAAUAGUCUUUAUAAAUAGUCUAAUCUGUCCUUAUAAAUAAUCUAAUAAGUAGUCAAGUCUGCCCUUACAUUAUUUUUUUUUUUAAUAUUUGGGUGUAAUUUUAUCAAGAUUUGGGUGCUAUUUCUAUCAGUUCAAGCAAUCAUUUAGAAGCUCCCUUUUUUUUAGCUCAUGAAUCAGCUGGAUCCAUAUGAUAAGUGACUAACUUUUGAAUGGGUUACUAUUGUAGGUACUCUAGCUGCCCCAAUUUCUCAAAAUGAUAAUAGUAAUAAUAGCACCAAUUUCCCACUACUAGUUGAAUUAAGAUACAUAAAACUAAAACUAUUAGGGGGUUUAAGCUCAUGAAUUGUUAGUUUGAGGUCUAAUAUCUUAUUAACUCAGCUAUUUUAUCUCAACUUGUAAUUCCCUUGCAGGCUAUAGUUUGCCAUAUCGUGAAAAAAACCCCCAAAAAAACUUGUAAUUUAGUUAGAAUUUUAUCCCAUAAAGAACAAACACAAGGUGUUGGGUAUUUUAGAGUUUGUUACCAUGGAGCUACUGAACUUAGUGUUGAUUCUUUUGUAAUUGCAAAAUCUUGUAUCUUAUUGAUUAGUUCUCUGGUUGGUUGUGAAUUAGAUCUACAGGCAUUUUCUUAUUGCUAAUUAGCCUUCUCUAUUGUCUUACUCUCCGAUAUAAGUCCCUGAUUGUUGUCAAUGAAACAUGCAUUAUAUUUCUUGUCGAUUAGAACCUUUUACCAAUAACUAAUUAUAAUUGAUUAAGUAUGCUACUAGUGUCUUGUACAGUACAAAUGCUGUUUUAAUUUAACUGUAUCCUUUAACUGUAUCCUUUAACUGUAUCUCUUUAUCUUUUACCUGCUUUAGUUAUUGGACUGUGGCAAUACUGGGGCACUGCUUUGAAGGGCUUGGUCAACAAAUCAAUCCCAGUUCUUCUUUUUUUUUUUAAGUCUGAUACUUAUUCUAUUAAUUCCUUUAGUUGAACUGCUAGGUUAUUGGGCCAUAAACAAACCAACACCAGUUGUCAAAUGGUAAAGGACACACACACACACACACACACACAGAAUGUGUGAUGUUCUUCCACACAGUUCUGUCUAUCAAAUUCACUGAAGGCAUUGGUCAGCUUGAGACUAUAGUACAAAACACCCAAAGUGCUGUGAAGUGAGAUUGAACCUGAAACCAAGUGGUUACAAAGCAGUCUUCUUAACCACACAUCCAUGCUUGCACCUAUGAUGUUAAUACAUAGACUAUAUUUUAUGACAGCUGUACAGUUCUUCACAACAAUCUUAUGUGGUUGUUGUGGAGGUUUCUUAGUCCUCAGCGACCCUGAUUCAGCAGGUCUGUAAUCACAGACAUUCCUGACAUAGCCAUCAAACCAUCACACCUGUUUUGUCUCCCUUUCUAGGUUACUGUAUCAUUAACCUCUCUAUCCUUCCCUUUUUUUUUUUAAGGCAAUAGAAUAUGAUAUGACAGAGAUUUGACUACUUUCUGGUUUACAAACAGGUCAAACAACUAUAGAGACUCUCACAUGAGUUCUGCUGCUUUUCAAAAGGCCUGUAUUUCAUCCCCUUAAUUUUUAACACUAACAUUUUCAGGAAAUCAAUAACUUGAUAUUUCUUCUAAAAGGACUGGUUAAUUUAUAUAACAUGAAAUAUUAUUAACAAAAGGUAUCUUUCACUGAGAGUUUUCUAUGCAAUGUUGCUAUUACUGUCCAGAACCAUAUAGUUCCAUGGGGACUAAUUUGGUUUACUAUACUAUUUAAUUAGUUCGUGUGUGUCUGUGUGUGUUAUGUAUGUAUGUGUGUGUGUGUGUGUGUGUGUGUGUGUGUGUGUGUGUGUGUGUGUGUGUGUGUGUGUGCAAAGCUGAGAUGGAAAAUUUUUUUUCCAAACUAUCAACAGAUAACUGUCAAUCUACCAUAAUAUACACCCCUAUGGGGUAGGGAGUACUAUAUGGUUUUACUUCUCCUAUUUGUUUUUGUUGAGGAUGAGUGAUUUGUAAAUAUCAUAACAUGGGACAGAUAAAUAAAAUUAUCUUUUGUACAAAGAA